GCGAGCACUAUAACUUUCCCUUUUUCCUCCCUUUUUUUGGUGGAUUAAUAUUGUGUCAGUAGUUUUUAAUCCUAUAUCCCGAUUCUCAUUACGACUCCCUAUCCCGCGCACAACGAUUACUAUCGUUCUUCUCUUAUCGUUGGACAAAGGGAAUUAUCUCGACUUGGUAUAGAACUACUAGCGUGACUUAGUACAAAGAUGCCGUCAAUUGGGGACGAGGACGAUGACCGUGAUAUAGCAGGAUCGCAAGAUGGCAGCUCCGAUAAUGAUAUGGAUGACACGAUGGGCGACCUGGAAGAUGUUGCUCCAGAGCCCGACCCUGAAAGCCCGUCGAAUUCCAGCAUUGUGUCUGAUGGCCAGACUGCCGCAGCUAGCCAACAGAAUAACCAACCUCUUUCUCCUUCCAAUAAUUCCGUGUCCGAUUCGUCUCUUCCCCUACGCCCUGCUGUACGUCCCGAAGCGCUCGCUGCUACCAGCUAUGAUAUUGUUCCAACCACUGCAGCUCCACACAGUACGUCGAUUAAUGCCGUCACAGCAACAGCAGAUAUGCGAUGGAUAUUUAGCGGUGGUUCAGACGGAUAUGUGCGAAAAUUCAACUGGGUAGAUUCCAUCAACAGCAAAUUAAUGCUGACGGUUGCGCAAAGACACCCAUUCGUGGAUAGCGUUGUGAAGGCGGGCGUUUUGAUGACAUAUUGGGAGAAUAUGGAUGGGAUCGCCCUGUCACCUGUUUACUCUCUUGCCUCUCACAGUCAAGGGCUGUGGCUCCUUUCUGGUCUCGAGUCCGGUAGUAUAAGAUUGCAGUCCGUCCGCCACGAUGAGGGAAAAGAAAUUGCCCUUCUCCAGCAACACACCUCAGCAGUUUCAGUACUCUGUCUCACGUCAGAUGAACGGUCUCUCCUCUCGGGAAGCUGGGAUAAAAGGAUCCAUGACUGGGACCUAAAUGUUGGGCAACCAAGGCGAACCUUCGGCUCAACUGCGGGGCAGAUAUCUUCCAUUGAAAUACGGCCGGAAUCCAAUCUACCUGUACCACAAGAGAGUGGGGAGCCUCCUCUGACGAACGGAACAUUCUCAUCUAACAACCAGGCAAACGGCACUUCCAGUUUUGCCUUCCAAAAUGGGGAAUAUGCAGGGCGGCAAGCUGGGGGUGGCUCUAGUGCGAAUAAUGCUGCUGGAUCCCCGGCGGACUCGCUUUUCGGGACCGAUUCACUUUUCGGAGACGGCGAAGGGGGUGAAACCGAAGCACCAUCCGGUGGUGCUUUUGCGAUAGACGAAGAUGAUGAAUUUUCCCAGGCGCUUGCAAAUGGUAUUCAGCCACCCGAAGAUAAGCACGAAAUAGACAUGGCUGAUGCUCAACCAAACGGUGUCUCAAAUAGCCAACAUACGGAGGACAUGGUCUCAGAAAAGGAUGACCAAACAGCCCAAUCUUCAGCAGCUGCGGUUGGGAAUCUGCCCAAUGGUAUAUCUUCUGAAAUCAUAGGGAAUGGAGAUCCCCACGCCGACGAGUUGGUACGUGCCCCAACAAGCCAAGAUAAAACUGAGGCCUCGUCAGAUGACAGUUCAGACAUAACAUCCGAUACUACUUUCUUCUCCGCAUCAAUUGACGGGACAAUACGUGUCUGGGACAGACGACAACCGAACCCCAUUGCUAAGAUAGUUUCUCGAAACGCUCCCCCAUGGUGCAUGAAUGCGUGUUGGUCGCCGGACGGGAACUAUAUCUAUGCCGGACGGCGCAACGGUACCGUAGAAGAAUUUAGUCUGCAUAAAGGCCUCCGCAACGCCGAACGGACUUUCAAAUUUCCCCAGGGAAGCGGCCCUGUCUCUGCCGUCAAAGCAAUGCCAAACGGCAGACAUCUAAUGUGUGCUUCUUACGACAUUCUACGUCUUUAUGAUCUCAAAGACGAAAAUUCUUCGAGCCGUUCAAGUGUGCCAUUCCUCAUUGUUCCGGGCCAUCGUACCGGGGUUAUUUCGCAGCUAUACAUGGAUACGGCUUGUCGAUACAUGAUAUCCACUGGCGGUAACCGAGGCUGGGAAGGGGCGAAUACAGAAGUUUUGCUUGGUUAUGAGAUAGGUGUUCUCUGAAACUACCAUUUCCUUUCCUGGAUAUUACUAGCAAGUUCUCGCAUUCUGCUUCACAUCCUCAAAAUUCUGCAUCACAUCACAAUUCGGUUUUGGGACGGAUUUUACUAUAUACCGCCACAAUUCCAGUGUACGUCUAAGCUUUUUUUUUUCUUUUUUCUUCAUUGUACUCUUUCCUAUCUACUAUAUAUACCCCAAUUGGUUAUUUAUCCUGUCAGGUGUCUGACUAAUCAUUUUGGAAUGGCCUUUCAUUUUUUCACAUGGCGUACGGGGAUUUUGGAAGUGAUAUCAUUUAGCCUCGAGCGAAUAAGUUUGGUGGUGCCAUGGUUUUGCAUUAUGCAUUACUCCGCAAAUGCUGUCCACUCAUCGGCAUAUAUUAUUAUUAUCAGGUGUCUGUUGGUGUUAGUUAGGGAUAAUCUGUGGAGCUGGAUCUGGGGUAUUCAUGGGCAAUUCUUCUCUGGGAUUCUGACAGGGAAGUUAAACUACGAAUGGCAUGCUGGGCGAUUGGAAACUAUUAGCAUAUUUUAUUAACUGAUAAUAAUGUGCCAUACCCAUACAAUUGAAAGUGCUGUCAAUUUUG